AUGGUCAACUUGACAUACGGAGCUCUCUUAACCUCAUCGGACGGUAGUAUAUCCUUCGAACCGUUGGGAACAGAUAUUCUAGCUACUUUACAAGGUAAUACUUCAGCAUUCGACCCUGGAGAUAUAGCAUGGGUAUUGACUUCAGCAGCCCUUAUCGUAUUCAUGUUACCAGGUCUCGGAUACCUUUAUUCAGGUUUAGCAAGACGUAAAAAUGCUUUAUCCAUGUUAUUCCUCUCCUUAGUUUCUUUGGGUAUAGUCUCUUUCCAAUGGUUCUUCAUUGGUUAUUCUCUGGUAUUUUCAGAAAGUGGUGGUUCGUUCUUUGGUGAUGGAAGGAAUGUAGGAUUUAGACAAGUUCUGGAAAGACCUGUACCGGAGACAAAUGGCAAAUUACCUGAAAUUGUAUUUGCAACUUAUCAACUUAUGUUCGCAUGUUUGGUACCGGCCGUCUUGUUAGGUGCAGCAGCCGAACGAUCUCGUAUCCUCCCUGCUAUGAUCUUCAUCUUCUGUUGGACUACUUUGGUGUACGAUAUGUUGGCUCAUUGGAUCUGGAGUUCGAAUGGCUGGGCAUACAAGUGGGGUAUACUAGAAGGAGAAAUAAACUCACACAAAGCACGAUGCGAUAUUGCAGACGCCGGUGGUGUACCCGUUGAAAUCGCUUCUGGAACAGGCGGUCUGGCCUAUUCGUAUUUUAUCGGUAAACGACGAGGGUACGGUACAGAGCGAGUAGCUUUCAAGCCAUCCAAUGUAGGUCACGUCGUGCUCGGUACGGUGUUCCUCUGGGUCGGGUGGCUAGGAUUCAACGGUGGAUCAUGUUUCGCCGCAUCGCUUAAAGCGGCUAUGGCAGUUUUUGUAACUAAUCUUGCUGGUGCUGUUGGCGGUAUAGUCUGGUUGAUCAUGGAUUUCAGAUUGGAAAGAAAGUGGUCAAUGGUCGGAUUUUGUACAGGUGCGAUUGCGGGUUUGGUAGCUAUUACACCUGCAGCUGGGUUUGUUGGUGCACCUGCCGGAGCAUUGAUCGGUCUGGUCUCAGCGGCAGUAUCCAACUUGUCCACUCGACUGAAAGUCACCAUGAGAGUAGAUGAUCCAAUGGAUAUUUUUGCGGUACACGCCCUAGCGGGUGUAGUGGGAGUUUUGAUGACUGGUUUAUUCGCCCAGUCGAGCGUGGCUGCGAAUGAUGGGUUCUCAGAGAUCGACGGUGGUUGGAUGGAUCACAAUUGGGUUCAAUUUGCCAAACAGAUAGUGUGGGCCCUUGUGGGGUUGGGAUGGACUUUCGUGGUCACUUAUGCCAUUAUGUUUGUGAUCAACCUUAUCCCAGGAUGUCAUUUCAGGUCGACUGAAGAAGCUGAGAUCGUCGGUAUGGAUGAAGUGGAGCUUGGCGAAUUUGUCGCAGAUUACGCAUUCCACCAUCGAGAUCUCGAAGGUCUAUUUGACCCUAAUGAACUAUCAAGAUUCAACAGUGUGACGAGAUUCCACUUAACUUCAAUGGGACCCAAAUCGUAUACUCGACCUUCUCAAGCACAUCUACCACCUACUAUGCCCCGAGGCGGUGCGGCGGUCGCUGAUGCUUAUGGUCAAGGAGCGCAGGAAGUAGAGAAGCCAAGAAGUAGGAGUCGAGGUAGAGAGAGGAGUAGGAGUAGAAGUCAGUUUAGAGCUUCGACACCUUCGGGGAUGGACAGAUUAGAAGAAGUGCAUUCGUCUGAUGAGCUCGAGCUGAAGAAACUGAGUAGGAAUGGUGUAGGGGAAGUGGGGGUAGAGCAGGGGAGUAUGGGGUCCAGUGAUUUGAGUCAAAAAUAG